CCACCUUUCUUUUUCUUCUUUCAUUCUCUCUUUCUCGAUCUCUCAAAUGGAAGCUCAUCAAGAUGAUGAUUAUAGUUUGAUCAUGGAAGAAUCACGGAACAUGAUCAUCAAGGGAAAACGAACCAAGCGUCCAAGGCCCUCUUCCCCUCUUGCCCUAACCAUGGCUUCUACAUCUUCCACCGCGACUACCGCUAGUGAUCAAGAUGGGGAUAUAGAAAACCCUAGUAAUAAUAACUUCUUCAACAUGCCAUCAAGCUCGAUUGAAUUCACUAAAAUUACACAAGAUAACGACGAAGAAGACAUGGCAAAUUGCUUGAUUCUUCUGGCUCAGGGUCAGUCCUCGUCACCCCCUCCACCACACAAGGGGGUGGUGGAGGUGACGAGGACUUCAGGGUUUUAUGUUUACGAAUGUAAAACAUGUAAUCGUGGGUUCUCCUCGUUUCAAGCCCUUGGUGGUCAUAGAGCAAGUCACAAGAAACCCCCAAAGGCUAAUUUGGAGGACACCAUUAGGCCAAACAUGAUGAAAAAAGAUGUGGAUGGUCUUCAUAGCUCUACAACGCUAUCUCUUCAAAUUGGUUCGAACCAAUUGAUUCAAUGUAACCCUGGUAACUCCGUUAAGGUAGCCAAGAUUCAUGAAUGCUCGAUAUGUAGUGCUGAAUUUGCUUCUGGUCAAGCACUCGGUGGUCAUAUGAGGCGACAUAGGUCCAUGCCACCCAUGGCUGGUACAUCUACAAGUUGUGGUGAUUCGAGUGGAUGUCAAGAAUCCAAGAAACCAAAAACCCUAUUAUCGUUGGACUUGAAUCUUCCUGCUCCAAGCGAAGACGAUCAAAAGGAAAUGAAGUUCCCAUUUCGGUCAAAAGAUCAAAUGAUCGUGUUCUCAAAUUCGUCACUAGUUCAUUGUCAUUUCUGAAUUCAAAUAUGUUACAUAUGAUUCUUUAAUUUUUAUUCAUCCAAUUCAUACAUAGCUAGUUAAUUUGAUAAUUAUAAUGUAAAGUGAUUCUUGAAAAUUAAUUCAUUUAGUUAUUUGUUAAUA